AUGUCGAUGGACGAGUACCUCCGCGCCGACUGCCCUCCACGCAUCCAGAAGCAGCUCAUGGAGCUCGCCUCGCGCAACACGCGGCGCGUCCUGGCCUGGAUUGACGCGCCGAUCAACGACCCGAGCGUGACGACGACGACGGCCGGGCCCAUCUCGGUGAGCACGACGAGUGCGCGGUACCCGCGUCGCUACCAGCGCGUGAUCGUGCGACACGCCAUGGACGUCUCGUGCGACGAGCUGCAUCGCGUCUUGUUGCCGAGCGGGGACCUCAACCUCGAGGCGCAGCUCGUGUUUUGUUCGCCUUCUGAUGACGUCAAGGACGUGACCGAGUGCUGCCACUGGCCAACGGGCAACGUCGGCGAGUUUGUCACCGGCGUCGACGUCCGCGUCAAGAAGGCGACCUGGGCAUCCAAGAGCUCGUCGCUGCCGUCGGGCUCGCACCGCUUUCUCCAGCACGCGAACCAUGUGUGGGACCGGCCGGGACCGCCCGUCCACGUCUCGAGCCUCACAGCCGUGGCCGAGUACCACGUGACGUCCGCCCAGCGCGUGGCCACGGACGCCCUCGCCCCGACCGUCCUCGGGCUCGCUAUGACCGCCGGUGACGACGGCGGCGUCGUCCUUGCCAUUGUCGCGGUGGUCACGGACAAGCACGCGUCGCUCUUUGAGACGCUCGCAAAAGCGACGAUGAGCAAAAUCCUCGAACGCGUCCAGAGCCUUCGGUUCGCCUCGUACUCGUCGACCGUCUCGUCGCUCCUGCCGGGAGCCAUUGCGCGGGGCACAUUCGGGACGAAGCCCAAGCCCAAGUUUCUCGACCGCGUCCUUGGCCGCAACGCGCCGCCGCGACUGGACCACUCGGCCUCGCUCUUGCUGUCGCCGCGCGGCCACGCAGUCGACGCAAUCCGUUCUGGCACCAGUGUGUGCUAUCUCUGCCCGACCAAGACCAAGCCGUACCGCCACUGCGUGCUCUGCAAGCAGCUCCUUUGCAAAAAAUGCCGGGAAAAAGUGCAUGGCAAGCGCGUCUGCCGCCCGUGCAUGUACAAGGGCCAGAGCGUUGCGCCGCGCGACAGCGGCUCGGACGUCCGCAGCUCCGAGUCGUCGUCCAGCGCGUCGCAGCGUGCGGCGUCGUCGGCCACUACCCGAUCGUCGCACCGCGGCGGCGACGAUGUGCCGUGGGAGGUGUCGAUGACGAUGACAACGGCCAGCAACGACAGUCUGCCGUACGACUUGAACGACGAGGGCGACUGCUAUCGCGACACCGAGGUCUUUGCCUCGUCGGCCGCAAUGUAUCGGGACACGGAGGUCACGCGGUCCGUGCACCGGCUCGGCCACCUCGAGGCCGACUUCAACGCGGUCUGCGCGGCCAUGUGCGUCGAGUUGGACUGCAAGUACGCACUCGUCGUCAUUGGCGACGUGGUGAGUGGUGCUCACUACCCCGCGACUGCGAACGGCGUGCCGCACGCGCUCAAGCUUGUGCCAACGACCAAGUUUGUGGGCCGCCAUGCGUACCAUUUGCACCAUAUCAAGGAGCUGGCGUUCGUACUUCAGAAGAACCUCUUUGCUGGCCACCAGCGCAUCGGCCACGUCCUUCUCGCCGACGACAAGAUGCACCGCCGCGGCGACUUGACGCAAACAACAGCCACUUUGCAAGCGUACGAAGACACGCUCGUCGAGAUCAACCAGUCGACCAUUUUGUAA